AUGCCGUUGAGUCGUCGACAAACCCAACAACAACACAGCUCUUCCAGCUCCCUCGACGACGACGAAUCGACGUCACAGCAGAGCGAGGAUUACAGCGAGUCGCUAGCCGACGACGACGACGACGAGGAGGAGGAGGACGACGACAGCAGCCAUUGGCCUCACGAAAUCGACCCUGACGACUCUGCGUCUGGAUAUCACCUCGCCGCCCACGGCCAUUCACGGCCCUAUAGCCCCGGUGCGUUCCGCAGCGGAGGUAACCAGCGCGACCACAGGAUCCCUGCCGUGCGGCAGCAUCAAUUUCCGCAUCACGCACCUUCUAUACCCCCAAUGGGUGACCCGUCCGACGACUACCACCCGUACGGGCGAGGUUACGGGCAUCCCCCGCAGACUCAGGGUGCCUUUUACGGCGCCAGGGGCGGCCAUCAAUCGACCAGUUACGCUCAGAGCCACGCUGGCUACAUGCCACCAGCCCACUACAAUGGACAGAUGGUUCCCUACCAAGAUUACCGCAACCCCUUCUCGCCGACGCCCAUGGGCAACAAUGGCUCCAACUUCUUCGGGAAUGAGCACCGCGGGGGGCACAGCGGCUACGACAUGAUGCCGUAUCACCAAAAUAAUAGUCACAAUUACUACGGCGGCGGUGGUGGACCGGGAGGCUUUGGCAUGCCGCCGCCGCACCUGCAACCGUACAUGUACAACGCCCCGCCGCCGCCACCAACCGAGGCUCCGGCGCCGCCGAAACCCCCGACGCCUGCGCCCCCUCCGCCCGAGAAGCCAAACCCGGAGAUGGAGGCUCUGAAGGCCCAGCUCGCCAAGUUUGAGGAGCAGGAAAAGAAGAAGGCCGAGGCGGAGAGGCUGGCAGAGCUCAAGGCGAACAUGCAGAGGGAAGCAGAGGACGCCCUCAGGAGACGCAUGGAGGACAUGCAACGAGCGCAGGAGGAGGCGAAGAAGGCCAUCGAGAUAGCGCAGGCCGAAGCCGAUCGGGCAGCACGGGAGCGCCUGGCGGCCGAGAAGAAAGCGGAGGAGGAGAGAAAGAAGCAGCAGGAAGAAGCUAUGCGGCGGAUCGAGCAGGAGGCCCGCGAUAAGCUCGCGGCCGAGCUCAAGGCUGCUGAGGAGCGGAAGAUGCGCGAAGCGGAAGCUGCGGCACUGGCGGAGGCCCAAGCCAAGGCUCGCAUUGAAAUUGCCGUCCGGGAAGAGCAGGAAAGAAUACGCGCGCGGAUCAGGGCGGAGGAAGAAGCCAAGGAGGCCGCCGCGAGGAAGGCUGCUGAAGAGGCUGAGCGACUUAAACGGAUCGAGGAAGACGCCAAACGGGCCCUCGAGGCGGCCAUCAAGGAGCAAGAGGAGAAGCUUGCGGCCGCGGUCCGCGCCGAGCGCGAAAAGAUCGAAGCCGCCCAGAAGGCUGAAGCGGAAGCCAAGGCAGCUGCUGAGAAGAAGGCCGCCGAGGAAGCCGAGUGGCGGAAGCAGCUCGAGGCGGAAGCCAAGCUCAAGGCGGAGCUCGAGGCGCGCGAGAAGGUCGAAGCCGAACGCAAAGCAGCGGAGGAAGCCAAGGAAGCAGAGGCUCAGAAGAAGAAGGAGGAAGAAGCCCUCAAGAAGAAAUUGCUUGAGGAAGCGAAGGCCAAGCUUGAGAAAACGACCAAGGACGCAGAGAAACCGCCGAUCAAGUUCAAGGAUGCCGUCGGGCGCAAGUUCAGCUUCCCUUUCCACAUUUGCCAGACAUGGCAGGGCAUGGAGGAGCUCAUCAAGCAAGCGUUCUUGCACGUCGAGGUCAUUGGCCCGCACGUCCAAGAAGGCCACUACGACCUGAUUGGCCCCAAUGGCGACAUUAUACUCCCGAGCGUCUGGGAAAAGGUGGUUGAGCCCGACUGGGCGAUCACCAUGCACAUGUGGCCCAUGGACAAGGCGCCCCUCAUCAACCGGCCGAUGCCCGCGAACAUGCCCCACGGCACGAUCCCCCGCCCGCCCAACAUGCCCGGUCACCCACAGGCCGGUGUCCACCCCCAGCAACGACCCGCCAACAUGGGUACGACCUACAUCCCCGGUCGCCCGCAAACCGUUCGCCCCGGCGGUGGUCCUGGCGGCCCUGGCGGUAUGGGUAUCCCACCCCCUCCGCCGGGUGGAGUAUGGUCCGGCCCGCUGCCGCCGGGCGGCCUUCCCCCGGGCGCGCGGGUUGUCCGGCCGGGGGGGAUGGGACCGGAGAUUGUCACGGUCGAUCCGGGCAAAGUGCGCCGCAAGGACAAGGCCGCACCGUCCUCGAUGCUUGGGUGGAUGGCUGGGAGCAAGCCUAAGAGCGGCAGCAGCAGCAAGAAGUACGUUGGUGUCGUCCUGCCCCCGCACCCUGAUGAUCCCCAAAACCACCACCGCAAACACAACAACAACAAGCACAACGUGACCUUUAUCACUCCCCCGCCCCCGCCCCAGCACCGCUCUUCUUCCUCUUCCAAGCCCCGGCCCCAGCACUCAACGUCUUACUUUCUAUAUCCCGCCCACAUGUGGCUGCCCAAGUCUGUCUGA